CGCUCGCAGGGGUGUGAGUGCUGCACUGACACCCCCCCCCCAUCGGGAGAAGUUGGUGCUGAGCUGGGAUGACCCCGGAGGAGUGGACCUACCUGGCCGUGCUGCUUUUCUCUAUCCCCAUUGGCUUUGUCUUCAAGAGAGGGGGACACCAAGUGAAGCAGUUUGGGGGGGCAGCCGUGGGGCUGCUCCUGACGCUGGUCACCUGCAACAUCCACACCUUGCACUCCCUGGUCACCAUCCUGGGCACAUGGGUCAUCCUCAGUGUCUCCCCCCGCUCCUGUCACUACCUGACCCUCGGCUGGACCUUCUCCUACCUGCUCUUCUUCCGGACGGUGACUUUCUUCGGGCUGCCGGCCCCCACCCCCUUCACCAACGCCGUGCAGCUGCUGCUGACCCUCAAGAUGGUGAGCCUGGCCAAUGAGGUGCAGGAGAUCAGUCGGGCCAAGAAGCAGGAUGUCACCUCGUUCACAAAGGGCCCCGCGAUGGGGCUGAUCCCCAGCGUGCCGGGGCUGGGCUCGAUCCUCUGCUACAGUUACUGCUACGUGGGGCUCAUGACAGGCCCCUUCUACCGCUACAGGACCCACCUGGACUGGCUGCAGCAGCCGGACUCGCAGGCCAUCCCCAGCUGGCGCCCCCUGGUGGCGCGGGCCAGGCUGGUGCCGGUCUACGGGCUGCUCUUCCUGGGGGCCGCCCGGCUCUUCCCGCUGGAGUACGUGCGGAGCGAGGCCUUCGCCGCCCGGGCGCUGCCCUUCCGCCUCUUCUACAUGGUGCCCGUCUUCUUCGUCUUCCGCAUGCGCUUCUACGUGGCCUGGCUCUGCGCCGAGUGCGCCUGCAUCGCCACCGCCUUCGGGGCCUACCCCAGGGCCGCCCGCGCCCGCCCCGGCGGGGGCCCCACCGUCCACUGCCCCAGUGCGGAGGAGGGGAUGCCAGGGGCGGCUCCCCCCGAGUACGACUACGAGACCAUCAAGAACAUCGACCCGUACGGCACCGACUUCUGCGUGCGGGUGCGGGACGGCAUGCGGUACUGGAACAUGAGCGUGCAGUGGUGGCUGGCCCAGUACAUCUACAAGAGUGCCCCCUUCCGCUCCUACGUCAUGAGGAGCGGCUGGACCAUGCUGAUCUCGGCCUAUUGGCACGGCCUGCAUCCCGGCUACUACCUCAGCUUCCUGACCAUCCCGCUGUGCCUGGCGGCCGAGGGGGCGAUGGAGGCCGGGCUGCGGGGGCGCCGGGGGGCGGCGCCGGAGCCGGAGCCCGACCGCUCCUGGGGCGCCUGGCUGCACUGGUUCCUCAAGAUGCGGGCCUACGACUACAUGUGCAUGGGCUUCGUGCUGCUGGAGCUGGGCGCCACCCUGCAGUACUGGCGCUCCGUCUACUUCUGCGUCCACCUGGGUGCCCUGGCCCUGCUGCUCCUGGGCCGCGCCCUGCCCCGGCCCGCCCCCGCCGCCCAGGGGCCGCACCGCGAGUGAGGGGCCGGGGGAGCCCCCCGCCCAGGACCUCUGGGGGCCGGGGAAUAGCCCGGGCGCAGGGCCCCCCGGCUCUGGCCCCUGUGGGCUGGGAACAGGACCCGCACAUCGGCUCUGUGCUGGCCAUGGAGGGG